GCUGCUAGCUAUAUGCCUAUGCUUAGCACCCUACUCCUUUCCCUUUCGACCUCGGAUAACUAGACGCGCACGUCGUUCCGGAUUUGCUCCGACGCUCCACCGCGCGGACAUGGGCAACCGCAAGAAGCUCAUCCACUUCCUCCGCGCCGACCCGGUGGCGGCGGCCGCUGCACUGUCGUCGCCCGGGUCCUUCUCCUCCAACUCCUCUGUCUCCGACGACGACGGGUACAGCUCCUCCUCCUUCCCGGCAUCCGCGGCGUCCACGCCGUCGCGGUACAACUCGCCCAAGUCGCCGUGGGUGCACUUCCCAGGCCUCGGCGCCGACGGCAGUGAUGCUGCCCAGACAACCGGGCUCAUCGCGUCGCUGGUGAAGGAGGACGGGAAGGUCUACUCGCUGGCCGCCGCUGGGGACGUGCUUUACACCGGCACAGACUCCGAGAACGUGCGGGUGUGGCGGGACCGACGCGAGCUCGCGGUGUUCCGCACGGGCAGCGGCCUCGUCAAGGCCGUCGUCGUGGCCGGCGACGGCCGCAUCUUCACGGGCCACCAGGACGGGAAGGUCCGGGUGUGGCGUGCCGACGCCGACGACCCCGCCGUGCACCACAGGGUCGGGUCGCUCCCCGCGCUCGGGGACUUCUUGAUGAGCUCCGUCAACCCGUCGUCCUACGUCGAGACGCGGCGCGGGAGGAACCGGCGCCGCGCGGUGUGGCUCCGGCACUCGGACGCCGUGUCGUGCCUCAGCCUCGACGAGGCCGCCGGGCUGCUCUACUCCGGGUCCUGGGACAGGACCUUCAAGGUGUGGCGCGUCUCGGACUCGAGGUGCCUCGAGUCGGUGCCCGCUCACGACGACGCCGUCAACGCAGUCGUCGCGGCGGGGUUCGACGGCCUCGUGUUCACCGGCUCUGCCGACGGGACUGUUAAAGUGUGGCGUCGCGAGGCGGCGGAUCCGAAGGGCGACAGGACCAGGCACGUCGUGGAAAGAGUGCUCCGGAAGGGCGAGAGCGCGGUGACCGCAAUCGCCGUGUCACCUGAGGCGCGCGUCGUGUACGUCGGCUCGUCGGACGGGCUGGUCACCUACUGGCGGUGGGUAAACGGAGAGGCGAUUUUCGGGGGCGUGCUCAUGGGACACAAGAUGGCCGUGAUGUGCCUCGCAGUGUCCGGGAGCGUCGUCGUGAGCGGCUCCGCCGACCAGACGCUAUGCGCGUGGCGGCGCGACGGCACGGAGCACGUCCUUCUCGCCUCGCUCGCCGGGCACACGGGGCCCGUGAAGUGCGUCGCGGUGGCGGACGAGAACGACGCGGACGGCGAGCGGCGGUUCGUCGUGUACAGCGGCAGCCUUGACGGGUCGGUCAAGGUGUGGCGCCUGUCGGAAGAGCCACCGGCUGCUGCGGCAGAGCGGUACUCAUUACUAACAACGCCGCCUCGGGAGCCGCACUCUUGGGACCUCCGGCCGGAACUGCCACCGACGGUCCAAUCGUGGGCGCCGGAGCUAGCUGAACCGUGUGGCAGGCUGGCAGCUGCGUGAGGACGAAGCAAGCUGCAUCUGGAUGAAGCCUCGCGUGCGUGCACGAACAAUGUGCCGCGCACACGUGUACUGUAGGAGAGUAUACUUGACGACGGUAUCCGUGUGAUUAAUUGGCUAGGGAUUCUGAGGGGGAAAUCAAAUGUGUGGUGACGACCUGGCCGGAGAUCUGAUCCAAGUAGUUGAUGGGAAGAAAUGGGCGGUUGCUUUGAUUGUGAGAGGUGUCAUGGCCACGUCAAAAUCCAAUUAAUGCAGGGAGGAAAAGAAUGUUUUUGUGCGUGAUUUUCCUUUUUGUUGUAUUUGGGUGAUUUUAAUUUCGACGAGAAGAUGUACAUACAAAUGGUUGGUUUGUUCUGGUGACGAAACUAGCAAAGGGAUGAUGAUGGAAUGUACAUACUUAAUUUCCUGUGAA